AAAUUAAAAAUGCCACCAAUACUAAGCUCAAUCAUUAGAGACGAAGUUGAGCACAUCGAGGGUGCCUCAAAUGCUCAAUUAUCUGCUAUCGAUGGAAUAGCUAAAGAAUUUGAUUUAACUGUCGAAAAACUCUCAGAAAUUAUCAAGUAUUUUUGUAAUGAAAUGGAUAAGGGACUUGAAAAGACUGGAAUGAAUGUUGCGAUGAUUCCUAUGACUGGUGUUCCAACUGGUAAGGAAGUUGGCACUUUUCUCGCUCUAGAUCUUGGAGGCACAAAUCUUCGCGUUUGUGAGUUUACUUUUGAAGGAGAGGGAAUUGUAAAAUCCAAGCAACAUAAAUAUAGAAUAACUGAAGCCCAGAGAACUGGUUCUGGACGUCAAUUGUUUGAUUUCAUAGCAGAUUGCGUCGACAAAUUCUUGGCUGAAUUUGUAACAGAUUAUACAGAAAAUGCUAAAAUAUUUAAAAUGGGUUUCACUUUUUCGUUUCCUGUGGAGCAAACAGCCAUCAAUAAAGGGACUUUAAUAAAAUGGACAAAAGGAUUUACAUGUUCCGAUAGUGAAAAUAAAGAUGUGGUGUUUAUGCUUCAGGAAGCAUUGAACCGCAAAGGAGUUCCUGCUGUAGUUUCAGCUUUAGUCAAUGACACUGUGGGUACCCUUUUAUCUCAUUCUUACAAAGACCCCAAAACUCUUAUUGGAAUUAUCUAUGGAACUGGUACUAAUGGUGCAUACUAUGAGAACAUUUCCAAAAUUAAAAAAUUAAAUAAAAUUCCAGAUGCUUCAGAAAAAAUGAUUAUUAAUGUAGAAUGGGGUGCUUUUGAUAGUGAGACAGAAUACAUGUCCGUUAUCGAGGCUGAUGAAAGUCAUACGUUAGAUGAUACCAAAAAAGUUUUAGAAGAGUCAUUAAACAUUCCUUCCACCACGCUUACCGAUCGUCAAAUUGUUAAGAGAGUCUGUCAAAUUGUUGGUUUACGUGCUGCAAGAUUAUCGUCUACGACAUUGGCUGCUGUUAUCAUUCACUGUGGCAUGGUGGAAUGUGGAGUCAGUGUUGGGAUUGAUGGUACUUUAUUUGAACUUUAUCCUCAUUUUAGUGAGCGUCUUGAAACUGCUUUACGAGAAUUGUUUGGAACGAACUUUAACAAGGUUAAAAUUAGUUUGGCUCGUGAUGGAUCAGGGGUUGGUGCUG